AUGAAAUUUAACAUCUCCCUCCCCUUCCUCCUCUUCACCCUCCUCAACCCUACAAGCGCAACAUUCGUAGUCCAAUGCUACUCCCGACUCUUCGACCAGCGCGCUGACCCGAUCAUCUCACCAGGCGUCGCCGCAGACCACGUGCACGCCAUUUCCGGUGCCAAUGGGUUCAACUUCACGACCGACUAUGCGAAGCUGCGGGCGUCGAGCUGCUCAACAUGCAAUAUCAAGCAGGACAUGAGCGUAUACUGGACGCCGAAGCUGUACUUCAAGGCGCAGAAUGGAAGCUUCAUUGACGUGCCGAUCAUUGGGGACAAUGCAGGCGGAAAUCUGGGUGGCAUGGCGAUUUAUUAUCUGACUCGUGGCGGGCCAGACAACGACAAACUUCGGGCCUUCCCCCCAGGUUUCCGCAUGGUCGCAGGCGACGCCUCCAAGCGAGUCGAGACCGACGACUUCGCAGGCCGAGCUGUCACGCACAAAUGCGUGGGUGUCGACGGCCCUGACAGCAAAGGUCUCCCGCGCACAAAGUGCGACACCAUCCGCGCGCAGGUGACCUUCCCCUCGUGCUGGGACGGCAAGAACCUGGACUCCGCGAACCACAAGUCGCACGUUGCGUACCCGAGGGAUGGCAACUACGACGGUGGGAGGUGUCCGUCGAGCCACCCUAUUCAUCUGGCUACGCUGUUUUACGAGGUGUACUAUGACACUAAAGCGUUCAAGGGGAUGUGGUAUGGUGGGGACAAGCAACAGCCGUUCGUGUUUGCAAAUGGCGAUGCUACGGGUUAUGGAUUCCACGGCGAUUUCGCCAAUGGUUGGGAGGCAAACAGUCUCCAGAAAGCACUCGACAGAUGCAAAGAUGGUGUGGCGAACUGCGAGAAGGAGGUCUUUGGAGAGUUUAGGUCGCAGGGCGAGGCGCAGUCAUGCAAGCUGCCGUCUAUGAUCGACGAGCAGGUCACCGGCGUGCUGUCUGCGUUACCGGGAUGUAACUCUGUUACGUAUGGUCCGGCUCCAGCUCAGUCCAAGGCGAACUGUGCGGCGCCGAAGCUGUCACUGAAGGCUAGUCCGAAGAGUCUGGGCUACGUUGAUGUCACGAAGAGUAAGGGAUAUCGGUACAUCGGCUGUGGGACGGACAAUGCUGGAAAACGCACUUUGUCCCAGGCGCAGACGUCCAGUAGCAGUAUGAUGGUCGAGAAGUGUAUCGACUUUUGUAAGAGUAAGGGUGCUCAGUACGCUGGGCUCGAGUACGCGGGUGAAUGCUACUGCGGGGCCAGUCUUGCUGCCGAUCGAGCACCGGUCCAAGGGAGGUUGGGAAACUGCCUGAUGAAAUGUUCGGGAAACAAUCAGCAGGUCUGUGGAGGCGCGGCAGCGAUCAGUCUGUAUCAGGCUUGCAAAGGGGCGACUUGCAGCAACCUGGCGAGGCGGGAAAGCCAGAGGUUGGCUGUAUUGGAGCUCUCCAACGCCGACAGAGGCUCUGAACUCCGAUGAUUUACGAAUUAUGGGCACUAGAUCUAUGGUGGAUUUUCUUGGGUUCCUCUGGCACUCUCAAGGUGCCAUUUCGAUUGUCGAUCUUGGGGUCAUUGUUUUUAUGGUUAUGAGACUCCAAUGAGGUAAGAUUAUUGUACAAUAGUAUGACCUACUCUUUAUUUCCAACGAUGUAUUUUUCUGCAACUGGAGCUUCAUUUGUCACCUGAAGAUGCCAACUAUCCAUCU